AUGGGAACUCUGCUCAGCAUGCAGGCCCUGCCUCUUCUCCUCUUGCUGCUGCAGUCACUUCCGUUUCAAUUUCUAAUGCUGCAUAGAUAUUUUGAUUUACCAGAUGAUAUGGCAGAAAAAUUUGAGGAUUAGUUGGAGGAAUUAUAUAGCACAGGGCCUACCAAACCACCUAUGAAAAAAAGUUUCCAGAAGCAUGUCAUAAUUUAUCCUGGAAGAUCAUUAUAUGAUCAAAACUACUGUAAUGAUGAAACGAAGAGAAAAAAUGUUCAAAACAGGUUUUACUGUAAGAAAGAACAUUUCUUCCUCCAAGUAGCUUAUGAGGAGUUGCAAAAGGCAUGUCACAAUAUAUUUGUGGCAUGUAAGAAUGGAGUUAAGAAAUGUCACAGGAACAAGAAACUAAUCGAAGGAGUGUAUUGUAAUUUAACAGAUGGAAUCAUGAUGUCAGACUGUGAAUACAAAUCUGUUUACAAGAAGGGAGAUGCCCUUGUCACUUGUCGAUGGCAAAAUGAUAUCCAAGAAAUUAUUCCUGAUAAUGUAAAUGAUAUUUUGGAAAUAUCUGUCAAGCAGUAA